AUGUCCGCGACAACUGUUGCUUUGAAGGAAACAGCGACUCAAUUGUUCAGAGAAGCAAAAUUUGAUGAAGCGGCCAAAAAAUAUCGGCAAGCCGAAGAAAUAAAUCUUCGUGAUGCUGUAUUUCCCUCCAACCUAAGCGCUGCCUUGUAUGAGCUUGGAGAUUAUUGUGGGAGCUUCGAAGCAAUCUGUCGAGCUGUGCAACAACCGGAUUGUAGUUCUAAUCUACACCAGCGUCUCUCCCCUCGAAUGGCGAAAUGCCAUAUCUAUGGCACUCGGAGUGGUACCAUUUCGAGUGGGAGGAUCAAGAGUGAGAAGCCCGGCGUUUCAGCCGCGGCGCGAUUAAGGCUUGUCGAACUGCCCAAGUCAAAGCCUGAUCCUCACCCUGUCCUCGAGUAUUUCAAGGAUCCUCAACAAGACGAAAACCCGCUCGUUUUGAGCCAACUCGCGCUCUCGAGAAUCUCAAAGUUAGCCUUCUUUUUUGGUGGCUGCGGGGAUGCCCGGCAUGUCUUUGGAACGCUGAUUAGUCUACACAAAUCAUUUACGCAGCUCGGGAAAAACAAGAAGAAACACUUCCGAUCACAUCUAACUUUUCUUGACAUCCAUCCAACAACACUGGCUUGCGAUCUGGUUCUUUUCAUGUUCAUGGAUGAUCUGAUUGCCAGUCGCAAUUCUGAAGAAGAGGAGGCCGAAAUCAAAGCUACCUUAUUCUACACUUAUUUUGGUGUUCUCAUGCCCUCGUACUGUCACCACAGGUUUCAAUGUGUUGUCAAGAGGUUGAUCAACGGGUUACAAGCGACUCCUCCCAUAAUUCCUGCGUGGAUACACGCUGACGCUGGGGCUAUACCAAAAAUCGUACGCUCCUUGACAUUCUGGCAAGACGGACUGUCUGGUAAGACCGUCGACGGUAUGCUGGCCCGCCAUGUUUUCGGCUUGCACACGCAAAAAGUGGAGCCGAACCAGGAUCUCCCUCCCGAGGUCAUGACCAAAUACGGGGCUCGGGAUCUGCGCGAACUGAAGCUUGAGCGAGCGAUUCAUAUCAGGGACGUUAUGACAGAUGAAGAGGUCAUACAAUUGUUUAGAGGAACCUUCGCACAGCCGGCUAUGUGCAAGGACGUUGAAGCGGGGACCGGAUGGGUAUCGCUCAAUGCCCACAGGGAGGAGAAAUGGUAUAACAAGACCUCUGUUUUUAUCCCUCCGGCAAGCUUGUUAAGGCGACACGAUGGUUUCGAGAGAAUUUGGAAGACGAUCAGGGACAAUUCCUCCAAGGACAGCGGCGAUGGCGAUCUCUUUAAAAAGGUCAAGAUGGACAUCAUCUCGUCUUGGAAGCCCAAUCCGUCACUCUUCGACCGCGAUAUUGAUGAGAGUGGCACAGACUAUCCCAAGAUGGACGGCAAUCCUUUUGAGCCGAUUCGCCAUUUUGAAAAGUUCGGUGUGAACAGCAAUCUCUUGACAACGGUGGAUCGUAAUAAUCCUGCCUUUUCGGUUGCGAUGUUCUUCUUCGAUGCUGUGGUGAACACUCUCAAAUAUAUGCGAGGACGCGUUAAGCUUGAGUUUUUACUCGGAGACGUCUCGCAGCAGCUGGCGAAAAUAAACUUCGAUACGGACAGCUCGAGACCAGUUGACUUCCCAAAGACCUUUACUCGCAUGUGGCUGAGCAAUGUUCCAGAUUACACUCACGGUCCGCUGAACAUGGCGCUCUACGUUGUGCCAAACAAUGAAGUCUCCCCACAAGCGACUGUUUCAGCCAAUUGCUUACUCGACAGAGGACUAUGGCCUGAUGAUGAUAGUUAUUGUCAUACAUACACGCUUCUCAUCGCCGAGGAGCUCCCAAAGUUCCUUGGGUGUCGUGUCAUCUCGAUGUCGCCUUACACGAGAAUAGUCCUGGCUUCUCGCACACUCCCAAUACCUCUAAAAGAGCUUGCCUCGCGAAAUGAACUCAUCACUUGGCUUACCCGUAUCCUCCUCUGCAUCAUCCGACCCGGACAUACAAAGCCGACACCAUGCCUCGUCCAUUACCCUAACAACCUUGCCGUAUUUGUCGAUCUCCUGCUGCUACACCUCCACAAAGUAGGCUUCCCGGCUCACUGGUUAGCGUACUUCCUUGGACGUGUCCUGUUGAACAACCUGGCGACUGAUGUCGCACCGUACCUGGGGGCUUUCCCUAUUCCCCCAGAGGAACGUACGCGGCGGGUACCUAUGCGUCGAAUAAACUUGGAUCCUUGGUGUGCGGAAUUGAAGACCAUCUUAGCGGAAGGAUUCGAGGCGUUGCCGUUUCCUGUCUUCCUUUCCUUGCCCUGCGAUAUUGGGAUAUUCGAAGUUAGUGUGCCAACUGAAGUGUAUCCGCGCUCGUCGAGCCCGGAUGUCAUGGCGCUCAUGUUCUACAAUCCCAGGGUGUCUAUGGCGGAAGACCUGUUGUUCAGCAUUGAUGAUAUCCUAGAGAGCAAGAGAAUACCGCCGCUGCAUAUACUUACUGCGGCACUCGCAAUCGAUCUGCGUCGCAACGGGGUCAUCAAGUGGCGAAUGAGCAGAGAGUGUGUUAGUUCGAUGAAGCAGGAAGGAUGGGUAUUCGCGGUUUUUCGUACAGACAUCUACUGUCCUGCUGCCGGUCCCUUUUCCGCUUCGCGGUGGAUGGAGGUCUCGAGCUGA